AUGGCCCAGGCGGGGGGACCUGUCCACUUCCACCCGGAGGAAGGUUGUGCUGCCUCGCCCCCGCUGUUUGCCCGUGGGGGGGACAGGAGGCCAUGGCUGGUGGGAGGGAGCCCUGAGAUUGGGAAACGCAGCCCCCCACGCUGCCUCACCCCCAACCUCAAUGCUGGCCGCCUCCACCUCCUGCGCAAGGGUCUGGCCCCUGACAUCUGCCGCUGCCCCCUCGGUCUCUACAACAGCACUGGCUCCUUGGCCCGCAAGCCGGUAGAAGCAGUUGCUUUUGGCAACGGAAGCCGCCUGGGUGCAGGUCGCCUGACGGCGCCCAGCACCCCGCAGCGGGGCAGGCCCAGCCCUGCCCUCUCCCCCGGCAGCCGCAGCCCGCUGGUGGCGGCGGCCCCGGAGGGACACAGCUCCGUUGUCACCUUCCGCUUCAUUGAGAAGGCCAGUGUGCGGACCGUGGGCGGCCUGACGUCCCCCCAGCCCCACUGGGACAGCGGCCCCCGCAGCCUGAGCCGCAGCCUGGAGCUCGGUGGUGGUGUGGGGUCCCCCCAGCCCCUGCCCCAGGAGCAGCUCCUGCGCACGCUGAAGCUGGAGGCCUCCGCGUCUGACCCGCUCCUGGCUGGGGGCAGGACCCCGGAAGGGCCGUGGCCCUGCAGGAAGGAGCCCUGCGCCCUCCAUGCCAACUGCCUCUGCCACUCCCUCACCAAUGGGCUGCCAGAGGAUUUCCCUACCUUCACCAGGAGCCCUCCAAAGCUGGAGCCCCAGUCCCAGGGCAGCGCCUGGCUGUACCCUCGCCAUACCUCAGCCCAUGCCCAGCGCAUUGCCAGGGCCAAGUGGGAAUUCUUCUAUGGCUCCUCAGAUGCCCCAAAGACAGGCUCCUCUGUCCCUGACUCUACUCCCCUGACCAAGCCUCCCCAGAAGCCCGUCUGCCUGCUGCCUGCUGAGCCACCAAGGUCGAUGCCCAACCACAGCCUGAGCCAUGUGGAAGUAGAAAUAGAGAUGUCUCCUCCGGGCAGCCAGAAGUCCAGCUCCUGUGAGACUGGUAUUAUAAGGAGGACGGUGAAGUACUCUGAGACAGACCUGGACACCGUGCCCCUGAGGUGCUAUCGUGAAACCAAUAUUGACGAUAUCCUGGCUGAGAAGGAGGAAGUGGAUUCAGCAAUUGAGAGCCAGAAAGACAGCGAGAGCAACCCAAGCUUUGGGGGUACCCCUGGUAGGAGGAACAGCACGCCAGAGGAGCCCCCUGCCCUGGGCUCCAGCUUCCCGAAGGAUGGGCUGCAGGAUGGAGAUGCCGAAGAAGACAAUGAAGUGUUUGAGGCAACAAUGAAGGAGAAGAGGGAAAGGAUCAUGGACCGAGACACACAGGGUAUGCUCAAGUCUCCAGUGCCCUUCCUUCUAGGGCACAGCCUCUCCAAGGAUGGCAUGGACUCUUUCAGCAAGCAUUUUGAGAGCAUCAUGGAGUCCCAUCGAGCCAAAGGCACAUCUUACACCAGCCUGGACUCCAUUGACAUCCUCUCCUCCCCAGCUCGCACCCAUGGGACCUUUUUCACUUUUGACCUCCCAACCCUCACCCCAGAAAUACAAGGGCAGAUCCGAGACAGCGCCAAGCUGAUUGAGGAGAACUUUGCUCCUCUGGCUCACUUGGAGCCAGACUCUGGGACCAGUUCAGCCACAGAUACCCCCUGGACAGAGAGGGAGGAGAAGCGAGGGAGACAAAAGAAGGGUGCUCGGCACAGCCCUUGCUGCUCAGAGGGCAGCUGUGGUACUCCCUUGGCCUCCAACAUGAGUGACCACCCCCUGAGCCAGCUGGUUUCAGACUCAGACUCAGAGAUGGACAGUGUGGAGCAGCUGGCCCUGGGCAGCACGGACACCCUCUCCAAUGGGCACAAGGCUGACCUGGAGGCUGCGAAACGCCUGGCCAAGAGGCUCUACAAUCUGGAUGGCUUUAAAAAAGCAGAUGUGGCCCGUCACUUAGGGAAGAACAAUGAGUUCAGCAAGAUGGUGGCAGGAGAGUAUCUGAAGUUCUUUGUGUUCACGGGGAUGAGCCUGGACCAAGCUCUCAGGUCCUUUCUAAAGGAGCUGGCCUUGAUGGGAGAGACACAAGAGCGAGAGCGAGUGCUGGCUCAUUUUUCCCAGCGCUAUUAUGAGUGUAAUCCCAAUGCCAUCUCUUCAGAGGAUGGAGCCCACACCCUCACCUGUGCUCUGAUGCUGCUAAACACAGAUCUGCAUGGACAUAACAUUGGAAAGAGAAUGUCCUGCUCUGACUUCAUUGGCAACUUGGAGGGGCUCAAUGGAGGCACUGACUUUCCCAAGGAGCUGCUCAAGGCACUGUAUGGCUCCAUCAAGAAUGAGAAGCUGCAGUGGGCUAUAGAUGAGGAGGAGCUGAGAAAGUCCCUCUCAGAGCUGGCAGACCCCAACCCGAAGUCCAUCAAGCGCAUCAGCAGCUGCAGCAACCCCUUUCUGGACUUCUCCCAAGACGCCAGCAUCGCCACUUACAAGCAUGGACUGUUAGUGCGCAAGAUCCAUGCUGAUCCUGACUGCAAGAAAACGCCUCGAGGGAAGCGCGGCUGGAAACCCUUCCACGCCAUCCUGAAGGGGAUGAUUCUCUACCUGCAGAAGGAGGAGUAUAAGCCAGGGAAGGCACUGGCAGAAGAGGAGCUGAAGAAUGCUAUUAGCAUCCACCAUUCUCUUGCCACGCGGGCGUCUGACUACAGCAAGCGACCUAAUGUCUUCUACCUCAGGACAGCUGACUGGAGGGUCUUCCUCUUCCAAGCACAGAACCCUGAACAGAUGCACUCGUGGAUCACGCGCAUCAAUGUGGUGGCAGCCAUGUUCUCCGCGCCACCCUUCCCUGCGGCCAUCGGCUCCCAGAAGAAGUUCAGCCGCCCGCUACUGCCCAGCUCCUGCACCAGGCUGUCCCAGGAGGAGCAGGUGAAGAGUCACGAGACCAAGUUCAAGACGAUGUCAGCAGAGCUGUUGGAGCAUCGUUCCUCACUGCCUGAGAAGAAGGUGAAGGGCAAGGAGUAUGAGGAGCUGAAGCAGAAAGAGGAGUACCUGGAGUUCGAGAAAUCCCGCUAUGGCACCUACGCCAUGCUGCUGCGGGCCAAGCUGAAGGCCGGCUCUGAGGAUCUGGCAGCAUUCGAGUCCACCCUCUUUGACUCAUCGGGCGGGGAGGAUGAUGGCCUGAAAAAAUCACACUCCAGCCCCUCGCUCAAUGCAGAGCCCUCCAGCACAGCCACUAAGGUGAAGCGCAACGUCUCAGAGCGUGCUGGCCGCCAGUCCCCUGGCCACCCCCAGAAGUCGUAAGCAAGGGGCAUCAGCCACCUGCACUGCAGCUCCUUUCCUGCCCCCCCAGUGCCCGGAUGGAGGCCACAUGCCUGCUGAGACCCUGCAUGAGUCCGUUUGUGGCACGAGCUGGGGGGUGACAGCCCUUCCCCAGCUGCCAGCACCAGCCAGGCAGGGCCAUGGCCCCUCCAUCGGAGACAGGGGGAGGGCAGCACGGUCCCUGGUCCUUGCUCACAGGAGCUGCCUGCACUGUUGGCCCCAGCAGACUUGUUCCAGCCCCUCUUUGUCCUGUGCUUGGCUGCAGGAUGCUGUGCUCCUGCCCUGGGGAGCGGGAACAACUUCAACCCACCCACGGGGCUCCAUUCUUCAGUGGUUAAAAAAAAAAAAAAAAAAAGACAAAACUGAAGCAAAACAAAGCCAGCGGCUGCUUCUCCUCCAGCUCUGCUGUGCCAUGGGGAGGCACGUGAGAGAGGGAAGGGGCCAGUUCUGGCCUGUCCCCUCUCCUGGGACUACUGGCCGGGGGAGUCAGGGCCAUGGCACCUGGUCCUGUCCCUGCCACCCUAGCCAUCUCUGCACCCUCCCCGCUUUCUUACAACUUUUGAACAGUUUUUGUGAUACAGUUUUGCACUUUUUAGUACCAGAUCGAGCUGACCACCAGGAAGGGUGUUUUGUUUCUUUUUUUUUUUUUUGGGGGUGGGGGGGCUAAUUUUGAGGGGUUUUUUGGGAACUGUUUAAAAAACAAAACCACAAACCCAGCCAUGUCCUGUAGGCGCUGCACUCGGGGGGGGGUGGAAGUUCUUAAGUGGACUCAGGGGGAAACCCAGCUCCCUGCCUUCCCCCCACACCCUGCAGCAAGCUGAACAUGGGCUCCUGUGUGUGCUCCUGCCUGCACCUCAGCUCUACUCUGGUAGCAGCAACCUUCUGGUGAGAAAGCCCUGCAGCCACUGGCACCAGGGAGGCACCCUUGGGAUGGUUGCAUGGGGGGGGUGGGCUGAUGUGUUGGUGCUUCAUGACACCCACCCCCCACUGGCAGUCUGGACUAGCCCCAUUUGCACCUCCUGGGUGUGAGGGUUGUACCCAGGGCACACUGGGCCAGUGGGGAGGUGACCCCUGAAGCCAGAGCUAACCUGGGGUUCUUCACUGCCCUAUGGGGCUGGCACAGGCCAGAGGCAGCUUUCUUUCCCAUGCUGCUUCUCCAGUGUAUGGCUGGGGUCUGGGAGGCUGCCAGCAAAGCCCAGUCCACAGCCCUGCAAGGUCCUCAUGAUUCAGCAGCAGUGGUGCAGUCCCUUCCUCUGCCAUGGGCACCCUUCUUGCCAAUGUGAGGGGCAGCCCCCACCACUCCAGGGUGAGCUGGAGGAUGCUCUUCUGGAGCUAGGUGCCAGUGGUGAAGCAUGGCUGCAGGAGUGCCCAGGGUGUGCAGGGAGGGAUCUGGGGACAGCAGAAGGGCUGCAGGUGGGGGGUGUUGUACAUGCUGUUCUCAGCUGCCUGGGACUCAUCUAGUUUCAGCACUGACUUUGCGAAUGUGUCAAACUUUUUAUUCUGCUCUUUUGAGACUACUGCAAAAAAAACAA